GUUGUGAACUGAUUGACUGCUUGGAGACAAACCACACAUCACUUGAUUGUCCACUCAAUACAUACAACAACUGAUCCCAUGAGUGACUACGAAGAGCUCGACUCUUUCACUGAGGCUAUCAUCCAAAGGACUCGUGAGCGACAAAAACUGCUCAAUAAUGAGAGCGAUGACCAGUUCUUGGAUUUGUCCGCAAAUGACACCAAUAUAUUGGACACGAAUGACACCAAUUGUCUCAAUAUAUUGAAUGACAGCCAAAGUAAUGUGGAUUUGAAUGAAUCGCUUCCCAAAGCGGCCAACACUUCAACGGAACGAUUGGUCGAGAAAUUGACUGAAUUAUCACCGAAUCGGCGAAGAGUUUCGUUGAACCAGAGGUUGAACUCAAUCGCGCGAUCCUAUCAUUCAGAGGACGCGGAGAAUAUGUGUUACAUCGACGAGGAGGAGGACAACGAGAGGUCUGCGGCGCCCGUCAGGAGUCCCACCAAAACGAUGAGACAAUCGGUGAAUACUGUGACCGAAUCGCCGCCUAAGAAACGCCUUCAUCUGAACGAACGGCUCAACCAAAUCGCCAGAUGUUAUGACGACGACGACGAGGUCUUCAGCCCCAAAGAGGUGACGAAGACUGUCAGUGACACCAAUCGUAACAAAACCCCUUCAAAGAUAGCAAAGGUAUCGCCGAAGAAACCAAUGGUGGAAAUGGUUACUAAAAGUGAGAACAAAUGGGAUUCAAUCGGAAGUAAGAGUCCAGUGAAGGGAUCGCCGCUUAAGAGGGCAUCGAAUGAGCGAAAGAUCGUUAGUGAGAGUCCGGCCAUCAAUGAAAGCAAAGUAACACCGAUUGUGCCGUCGGUUAAGCAGAUUGUGUCCAAUAAUAUCAGCGAAAAGUUACUGCAUUUGGGUUUCCAGAAGACUACUACCGGUAAUGUCUGUUCGCCACAGAAAUUGAUUUACAAUUCAAAUGAUAACAAAAGGGAGACUCCGGUAGUGAACGGGUCGACGAGUGUGUCGGCCGUUCGCAAGCAAUUCGAGGAAAAGCCUAAAACCCAAACACCGGAGACUCUGUCACUAAAAGGAAAGAGAGAUUUGUUUGAAAAGGCCAUUGAAGCCGAAAAUGAGGCCAAAAGUAAACAAUAUUCGCGUAAACGUAACGCACCGGUGGUUACCCCUAAAGCGUUUGUUUCUGCGAGUAAUGUUCGGGUGAGCCCUAAGAAGCCGAUGGUUACGAAGACUCCGAGCGGAACUCAAUCAGUGGCUCCCAAACAGAAAAGUAGCGAAAAGUUGGAAAUCACUCCAAACGUCUCAAACAAUAUUCACAUCAGAAAACAACUGUUGGAGGAAAGGCUGUUCGGAUCGGAGACAACCACUGCCAACGCCUAUAAGAAAGAGCUCGAGAAUCGCCACAAAGAACUCGAACUAUUGAAGCGUCCGAUGAAAGUGAGUAAAGCCGAAGAACCCAAAGAGUGUCCGCCGAUUGUCGACGAGAUUUAUGAGGAAACGGAAGUACAGGACAACGAAUCGGUGGUCGACGACGAGACGGCUCACCAGACAGUCUGCGAUGCCUUCCAAGAGAUCGAAGAGUACUCUAACGAACAGUCAGACGAUGACAACAAUUAUGAUAUUAAUUCACAGAAAAGUGAAUCCAAGUUAAUAUCGGAUAAGAAUGUGGACAUCGAGUACGAGAGUCCCACGAAGAAGAACCGAUUGUAUCCGCAAUUGGAUGACGAGCUCAACGAACUCUACCCUCAAUUCCGUACGAGUGAGCCGUUGGAUGAGUCGAGUCCUCCCGCGAAGCCUCCGCGUGUGUACGAAGAGUCCACUCAAUCGACUUCAGAGUCGACUCCUUUGCGGACAAUCAGUUUCUACCGAAGAGAACAGUCUCUUAAGACCAGCACUAAUACGACUCCUUCAGUGGGAACGGUAGGGGUUGGCCUCAAAGACAAAGUGAACGAAAAGUACAAUAAUUUGGAUGUCACUGAACGCAACCGAAAGAUAAAGAAACAAAUCGAUCGUUUGAAACAAGAAGUGGAGGAACAGAAUAGGAUCGCUGGUCAGGCCAGUCAGGCACUGAACCUGUGUCUCGAAACUCAAGAGUUUAAGGGAUCCAUAGAACACGUGGAGGCAGAGAAGGUUCUUCUCGUUUGUGGUCAAAAACGAAUAGCAUUUUUGAAUGAAAUCCAAAGACUGAAGAUUAAAUUGAGUGAUAAAACGAUGGAAAUGGACGCAACCAAAGGAUCGCUCACUCUCUAUAACAUCAAAAUCCCAAUUAAAGGCGACUUCCUGGUCGCACGCGCUAAGGGCACCGUUUCAGACGUUCACCACUUCAUAAGUGUGGUCUACAACGGUCCCAAUGUGUUCGUAACCAAUUUGUUGAACACUGAGAAAGACAUCAAAAACGGAACCCUUGAGUUCGAGUUUGGCGUCAAAUUGACUGAUCUGUCCAAUGAGUUCCAAGUGGUUGUCCACGUCUAUGACUUGAUGACAGCC